AUGAUCCUUGCUAAGCGCGAAAAACUCCGUAAAGAAGGUAAACUCCUCUCAAAAGCCCAGAAAAAAUCUCAACAACAAGCUCAACUUCGGCGUCAACAAAUGCUCGAAUCCGGUGUCAAAAUUGAGGGCCUUGCCGGUGACAGUAAUAAUAACGACGCAUCGAAAAAAGAUUCGCGAACCAAUAAAAAGAAGAAACAACAACAGAAAAUAAGUGAAGCUACUGAUGAUGCGAAAGUUAUGGACAUAAAGGAAGAAGUCAAGGAAAACGUUGAUGAAACAACAAAAGAAGAGAUCAAAAAGCCAGAACCAGAAAGUAUGCCUGAAGGUGGUGUCAAGGAAAGUUGGGAGCUUUCUGACGAAGAGGAAGAUGAAGAAAAAGUUGUAUCUAAAGAUGAAGAAAAGAAAAAGGAAGAAAAAGCAAAGGAAGAAAAAGCAAAGGAAUUAAAGGCAAAGGAAUUAAAGGCAAAGGAAUUAAAGGCAAAGGAAGAGAAAGCAAAAGUAAAGACCAAGGAAGUGAAAGAUAAGAAGGAGCAUGUUUCCGCGAAAGAACCAAGCUCAAAAGCAUCAGAUGUUGCAAAAACUGUCACGAAACCCGUCAUAGAGGCAGACACACAGCCCGAUAGGAAGCCCACCACGGAACUUGGUACAAAACAUGUGGAAAACCCUGCCACAAAGCCUACUGCAUCGAAAGACAAUCUUCGUUCACCCAUUUGUUGUAUUCUUGGACAUGUGGAUACCGGAAAGACGAAACUGUUAGACAAAAUUAGGCAGACUAAUGUUCAAGAGGGUGAAGCUGGGGGUAUUACUCAACAGAUUGGAGCUUCAUAUUUCCCAAUGGAUACAAUCAAGAUAAAAACUGCUCCUUUGAAUAAGGAUGGUAAACAAGAAUACAAUCUCCCUGGUCUACUUAUUAUCGAUACUCCAGGUCACGAGUCCUUUACUAAUUUACGCACGCGUGGAUCAUCACUCUGUAAUAUUGCUAUUUUAGUGGUUGAUAUAAUGCAUGGGCUGGAACCGCAAACCUUGGAGUCGUUGAGACUAUUGAGAGAUCGGAAGACACCGUUUAUUGUUGCAUUGAAUAAGAUUGACCGCAUAUAUGGGUGGGAAGCAAUACCAGAUAAUGCCUUCGUAGAUUCAAUUGAGAAACAAGAAAAUCAUGUGAAGAGAGAAUUUCAAGAUCGCGUGCAGCAGACUAUAGUAGCGUUUGCUGAACAGGGUUUAAACUCGGUUUUGUACUAUGAGAACAAAAACUUUGCCAAAUUAGUCUCUCUAGUCCCAACCUCAGCUAUAACAGGCGAAGGCAUUCCAGAUAUGCUUAUGUUACUCGUUAAUCUCACGCAAACACGUAUGUCUAAUCAACUGAUGUACCUCUCCGAAAUUGAAUGCACUGUCCUCGAAGUUAAAGUGAUCGAUGGUCUUGGCACUACAAUCGAUGUAAUCCUCUCUAAUGGAGUCCUAAACGAAGGCGAUAGGAUUGUUAUAUGUGGAUUAAACGGUCCGAUAGUAACCAACAUAAGAGCAUUAUUAACACCGCAACCUUUACGUGAACUACGCGUAAAGUCCUCUUAUGUUCACCAUAAGAGUGUCAAGGCUGCACAGGGUGUGAAGAUAUCUGCGCAGGAUCUAGACAAAGCUAUUGCUGGUAGCAGGCUGUUGGUAGUUGGCCCAGAUGAUGAUGAGGAGGAAGUCAAAGAAGAGGUGAUGAGUGAUUUGCAGGACAUGAUGAGUUCAGUUGAUAAAAGUGGAAAAGGUGUUUACGUACAGGCGAGCACCCUGGGAUCACUGGAAGCCCUGUUGGAGUUUUUGAAAACGAGUAAGAUACCGGUGUCGGGCGUUGGUAUCGGACCGGUGCACAGGAAAGACGUUAUGAGAGCUGCCAGUAUGCUUGAGAAGGCUAAGGAAUUCGCUGUAAUUCUUGCAUUUGAUGUGAAGUUUGACAAAGAGGCCCAAGACCUGGCAGAAGAGCUUGGAAUUAAGAUGUUCAAAGCCGAUAUUAUUUAUCACUUAUUUGACCAGUUCACUGCUUACAACCAGGAUAUGCUCGAACAGAAGCGCAGGGAUCAAGCUCCACAGGCAGUCUUUCCGUGCGUACUCAGGAUUAUACCGGGAGCAGUAUUCAACAAGAGAGAUCCUAUUCUGGUUGGUGUUGACGUCGUUGAAGGUUCAUUACGAGUGGGUACACCAAUAUGCGUCGUUAAAGUCGAUGCUGCAACAAAUGUACGUGAAAUACUCAACCUUGGGAGAGUAGUAUCGAUACAACAGAAUCAUAAGAAUAUUGAUAUGGUGCGGAAAGGUCAGGCGAGUGGCGGAGUAGCAGUUAAGAUCGAGUGUCCCAGUUAUGAAACACCAAAGAUGAUUGGGAGGCAUUUCGUUGAGCAAGACGAACUUUACAGCAAGAUUUCUCGUCAAUCUAUCGACGUUGUAAAAGAAUCAUUUAGAGAUGAUGUAUCCAAAGAGGACUGGGCACUAAUUAUAAAACUGAAGAAGAUACUAAAUGUUUAA